AUGCUUUCAAUGAGGAGUUCUAAAUUGCGGCUACGGGGUGGACCAACUAUGGAUAGGUUGCACGAGAGACGCAUUCGGAUAUUUGAGGACGAACAACAGCCAACUAUUCUAUCUUCGAAUGAUACUGGAAUUUUUGGUUCAACUUCUUUCUGCUUGGAGAAAACCUUGGUGGUUAUCAGACCUACUGAAGCAUACAAACGGCAACCAGGGACAAAAUUGGGACAAGGUUUAACACCCAUGAGUACAGCCUUAAAAACCAAACCACCCAACGUUCAGCUGACAGAAUGUCUUCCCAUGAAACCGUCGUAG